UGAUUUCCGAGUGCCUUCAGCCUCCCACCAUUUAUCCCACUGAUACUCAGCCUGCCCACGCUAUAACCUUUAGCCCUCCCCCACGGUGACUUGAUCACAGUUCCUCAUACAGCUCCGCAUCUUCCUCCACUAUGCAUAGACAUCAAUCUUACCAACAGUACGCUGUUGUGACUCCUGCUACCACAAGAUACUCCGGCACAUCCUCAGCCUUCUCAGCUUCGGCAAACCCCAACGAAGACUGGACCAAGAUCUCAGACCUUGCCGAGCGCAGGAGGAUACAAAACCGCAUUGCCCAGCGCAACUACCGCAAGAAGCUUAAGAAGAGGCUCGAAGACCUUGAGCGCCGCGCUGCCUCCAGCUCAGCUUCGCCGGAGCAAAAGCCCGCGGAGCUGCAGCCACCUCAGACCUCGCCGCGCCAGGAAUUCCCCUCUCCGGCUUCUUCGGAUUCCUCGUACGCCACUCCACCCGAGGAUCAUAUGUUCUCGCACCAGUACACUCGCCAGCUCUCGACAAGUCCACCACCAUUCUCGGUAGCACAAUACUCUUCGACCUACCCAGCCCCAGAUGCGGUAGCAUACUCGAUGCCAUACACCACAAACUCGCCAUACCACACAAUACCUACCACAUUGACACCGGAGAUACCGUCGUACGCCUACCUGCCGCCACCGCUCUCUUCAGCCUACCCCACCACUCUGCCUAGCCUGGUGCCUAGCAUGAAGAGUGAGUACUACGCCGAGGAGGAUCUUAGCCCAUUUGGCGUCGGCUAUGCGGCCAUUGGCGGAAUUGAGAUCCCACCCCCUCACGCAUACGCAGACCACAAUGCUCAUACGCCACCACUUGAGCACGAUGAGUUUGGAUACCCCACUACGCCCAACUCGAUGCCACGAACACCCCCUCCUCUUCCUCUUCACGCCAUGUGAAGGAUCUUCUUGCAGCUUUCCGAUUUCGCUUCGUCGCCGAGGCGCAUGGCCUCGGCACCUUUUUGUUUCCAGCAUCUUUUGUAUAGCAUUUCAGCGAUCUGUCAUUUGGGACAAGGUCACUCGCUUGGCCCUCGAUACUUCGAGACUCGGUGUUUUUGGUGUUUAAAUGCUAGGGAAAUUUCCUAGCAGAAGGUUUGGAAGCCUACAUGAAGGCGAGACCCAGUGCUGCAGUGCGCCCGCUGGGUAUCAGUCAUGACAACGAACGACGAUGAUCAACAAUUCAAAAAUUGCAAAGAGAUAUCUUGUGCAUCUGCAUGUGUGACGUACCGUAAAACAAGUAACGAAAGAAGAAAGAAG